UAUCAGUCAGAUAAUGAUUAUAUAUAAAAGUUUUUUCCCUCAUUUAUAUUCUCUCUCUACUCAGUGCAAUGAUCCCCAAAACCCAGUAAGGGCAUUCAUAGGACAUAGGAGUAAAAGAAACAGAAAGGUUAAAAGAGUCACGGUAGAAAUAGUGCAUCAUCACCACCAAUGGCCUAUGAUCCACAUAUCUCAAUGCAGACUAGUAUCCCCCAAAGAAGUCCUUUUACUCUCUUAAGCACUCCCUUCUAGGCUUCCUUAAAAGAAGUUGUUGCUUCACAGCUGAGCCUGAUCAGCUUAUUUGGUGUGAAGUUGGGGAUAAGGUUACGGAAAUCAGUGAGGUUUUGGUCUGACCAAUCGUUCUUCUCCACCUUUCCCAAUCAAAACCCAGGCUUUUCAGAGCUUUUAGAAAAAUUAAAUAUCAAAAAUCAAAAAUACCCACAAAUGUUGUUAUUAUUAUAAUGUUAUAUAUUUUGCCUCGUAUCACACUAGUGACAGUUUGCUAUAGGUGGGAAAAUAUGCUCUGAUUAGACCUGCUUUCUGGGUUUUUGCUUAAUGCCUCGAUCAAUACCUCCAAAUUCUUUUCAUUAUCCAUCUUCUUCUUUCUUUUCCUUCUCUAGCUGACCCUAUAUUUUUCCUGUGGGCUGUUUUUGUAAGACAUCCACCUUGACAGUGACCAUUUCCAUCCAGAGUACCAUGCUGAGGCCCCCUAGAUAUCUGUGAUCUUGUUUGGAGGUAUUGAGGCCAAGGAGAACUCCAUAUGAUGAACAAAAGAAGCGGCUUUGGUGGCACAUCAAUGAGGGAUGAAGAUUUUGAAGAAGAAGAUGUUUGGGGUUUUGUCAAGGAGAGCAAAGACUCAAGUCCUAUAACAAGGAAGUCCAAAGAAUACUCCUCUACUUCUUCUUCUGCAUGGAGAAUCCAUUCUGCUCCAAGAAUGAUCCCAAGGGUUAAUACCCAAACAACCAUUGAAGCCAAGACUCAUGUUCAGCAAUCCUCAGCUCCGGUUGACAUUCCUGAUUGGUCAAAGAUUUAUGGUAAGAAUGCCAGGAAUAUUGGUUCAUGGGUUAAUAUUAAUGAUGAUCAUCAUGGAAAUUGUGCAGAUGAUCAUGGUGGUGUUGUCUAUGAGAAUGGUCAUGGUGAUAAUGAUGAUGAUGAUGAUGAUGAUGAUGAUGGUGAUGGUAUGGUUCCUCCACAUGAAUGGAUUGCUAGAAAGCUUGCAAGGAGUCAGAUUUCUUCUUUCUCUGUAUGUGAAGGUAUAGGAAGGACACUCAAAGGAAGAGAUCUUAGCAAAAUGAGGAAUGAUAUUUUGACAAAAACAGGUUUCUUAGAGUAAUAUUGUUUCAAUACACCACGCCCUCCAUGACCACCACCAUCAUCACCAAAGUCUGAUUGCCAGGGGUCCAUGUAAUUUUGUAUUUUUUUUUUUUUUGGCUGAUUAAUAUAUAUUUAUAUUGCUAGUUGUCACCAAUUUUAGUAAGUAGUUUUUAGUGUGUGGUAGUGGAGGGUAGUGGGAGGAGAAGUAAAAUGACUAGUCCCCUUUGCAAAAAGUCAGAGCUGUCCUUUUUCCUUUGCUGUUUUAGGAGGCAAAAAAAAAAAAAAAAAAAAAAGGGCUUGGCAGCCUCCAAGAUUUUGUCUGGUAUUCCAGUAGAAAUUGGUGUUUUUGGUAAACGGAAUGCACUUGUAAGCUGUAAGUUCGCAAGGGAAAAAUAUGAUGAAGGAUUAAUUAAUCUUCAUGGC